AUAAAGUUUUUUUUUUUUGUCUCAAUGGCAAUGAAAGCUUUCUCUUCUCCAAUGGUUACCAUUUUCUUACAAAGCUUCUGUUUUUGAGGUUUUUGUUUUUGUUUUUUUUGUUUUACUGUCAUUGAAUUUAUAUGGAGACAAGGGCAAGAAGAGGGCCCAUAAAUAAGCCCAGAUUCCCUUUGACAGUCUGUACUCAUCUCGUGGCCCUUGCUUCUCUCAAUAUUCACACUCUGUUUGUCUCUUUACAUAACUCUCUCUCUCUUCUCCAAAGAUUUUAUUUUUACUAAAAAGCCAUUGUGGAGAUCAGUAGCUUCUUUUCACUUCCAAGCUCUCAUGGCUUCUAUUAUUGAAUCUGGCUGGCUGUAUCUGAUCACACAUUUCAGUGACUUCCAACUAGCAAGUCUGGGAAGUUUCUUUCUUCAUGAAAGUGUUUUUUUCCUAUCUGGACUUCCAUUUAUAUAUCUGGAAAGAGCUGGAUUGCUGAGCAAAUACAAGAUUCAGACAAAAAACAACACCCCUGCUGCUCAGGAAAAAUGUAUCACCCGCCUGCUUCUGUAUCAUUUUGGUGUCAACUUACCACUUAUGAUUGCCUCUUAUCCUGUUUUUAGAUUCAUGGGCAUGAAAAGUAGUCUACCAUUGCCAUCCUGGAAAGUGGUUCUAUCACAGAUAAUAUUCUACUUCAUCCUGGAGGAUUUCGUGUUUUACUGGGGACAUCGAAUUUUACAUACAAAAUGGCUCUACAAGCAUGUGCACAGUGUCCAUCAUGAAUACGCUACACCAUUUGGACUGACAUCUGAGUAUGCUCACCCUGCUGAGAUAUUGUUCCUCGGGUUUGCAACAAUUGUUGGUCCUGCCAUCACUGGCCCACAUCUGAUCACUCUCUGGUUGUGGAUGGUUCUUAGAGUCCUAGAGACGGUUGAGGCACAUUGUGGUUACCAUUUUCCAUGGAGCCUCUCAAACUUUUUACCUGUAUAUGGGGGUGCUGAUUUUCAUGACUAUCAUCACCGUUUGCUUUAUACGAAAUCUGGCAACUACUCUUCUACAUUUGUUUACAUGGACUGGAUAUUUGGUACUGAUAAGGGCUACAGAAAAUUGAAAGCACUAAAGCACGAUGGAGUUGAAGAUGAUGGCAAGCAAACAUAAUGGAGAAAAUUAGUUUCAAGGGCUUGACAUAGAAGAGGGUUCCUGAUCAAGGGCAUGUUGGAAAAGGUCUCAAUUGUGUCCCUGCAUCUUGUUGUGCGAUCACCUUUUUGUGUUUAAUUGCUGUUCAUGUUUACAGCAUGUGCUAAUGUGGAAUCAUUGGAAAGAUUUCUUUGGACAUUUUGCGACCCUUCUGUUCCUAGCAUGAAUGAAGUUGCUGUCCUAUUCUUAAC